CCGGAGAAGCCAGACGGAGCCUUUCUCUCUCUCUCUCUCUGCCACAAGUCUCUCCGCCUGCCAUUCCCCCAUUCCUGCAGCCACCCACCCCACCCCUCCCAGUGCCGUCACCCCUUCUCCGCCCCCGCCUCCGCCCCCGCCUUCUCCACGGCAAUCGCGGGAAUAAAUCAAGGAGGAAACCGAGAGGGAGCGAGAGCGCGAGCGCCGGCGGGCUUGCCCAGGUCUGUUUCCAAAGUCGCCCUUGAUGGCGGCGGCGGCGAGGCAGCCGCGGCGCCGAGCAGCCGACGCGCGCUAGUGGGUCCGCCCGCCGCCGCCCCUUCCCCCGCGCCGGGCUUCGCCCCUGCAGCCCCCGGCGCGAGCCCGCGUCCCGGUCCCGGCCCUGGGCGCGCCGGCCCUCAGACGCCCGCGGUCUGGGCUGACCGUGCUCCUUCUCCUCCCGUGGUUUCCAGCACCGGUCCUUCCCCAGGCUGGGAAGGGAGGCGAGAUUGAUCUUCGAUAGCGAAGAUGGCUGCUGGCUGCCUGCUGGCCUUGACUCUGACACUUUUCCAAUCUUUGCUGAUUGGCCCCUCGUCUGAGGAGCCGUUCCCUUCGGCCGUCACCAUCAAGUCAUGGGUGGAUAAGAUGCAGGAGGACCUUGUCACCCUGGCAAAAACUGCAAGUGGAGUCAAUCAGCUUGUUGAUAUUUAUGAGAAAUACCAAGAUUUAUAUACUGUGGAACCAAAUAAUGCACGCCAGCUGGUGGAAAUUGCAGCCAGGGAUAUUGAGAAACUUCUGAGCAACAGAUCCAAAGCCCUGGUGCGCCUGGCUUUGGAAGCCGAGAAAGUUCAAGCAGCCCACCAGUGGAGGGAGGAUUUUGCAAGCAAUGAAGUUGUGUACUACAAUGCAAAGGAUGAUCUCGAUCCGGAAAAGAACGAUAGUGAGCCAGGCAGCCAGAGGAUAAAACCUGUUUUUAUCGAUGAUGCUAAUUUUGGGCGACAAAUAUCCUAUCAGCAUGCAGCAGUCCAUAUUCCCACUGACAUCUAUGAGGGCUCAACAAUUGUGUUAAAUGAACUCAACUGGACGAGUGCCUUAGAUGAAGUUUUCAAGAAAAAUCGGGAGGAAGAUCCUUCAUUGUUGUGGCAGGUGUUUGGCAGUGCCACAGGCCUGGCACGAUAUUAUCCAGCUUCUCCAUGGGUUGAUAACAGUAGAACUCCAAACAAGAUUGACCUUUACGAUGUACGAAGGAGACCAUGGUACAUCCAAGGAGCCGCAUCUCCUAAAGACAUGCUUAUUCUGGUUGACGUGAGUGGGAGUGUUAGUGGAUUGACACUUAAGCUGAUCCGAACAUCUGUCUCUGAAAUGUUGGAAACCCUCUCAGAUGAUGAUUUUGUGAACGUAGCUUCAUUUAACAGCAAUGCCCAGGAUGUAAGCUGUUUUCAGCACCUUGUCCAAGCAAAUGUAAGAAAUAAGAAAGUGCUGAAAGAUGCAGUGAAUAAUAUCACAGCAAAAGGAAUCACAGAUUAUAAGAAGGGCUUUAGUUUUGCUUUUGAACAGCUGCUUAAUUAUAAUGUGUCUAGAGCCAACUGCAAUAAGAUUAUCAUGUUGUUCACGGAUGGAGGAGAAGAGAGAGCUCAGGAGAUAUUUACCAAAUACAACAAAGACAAAAAAGUACGUGUAUUCACAUUUUCAGUUGGUCAACAUAAUUAUGACAGAGGACCUAUUCAGUGGAUGGCCUGUGAAAAUAAAGGUUAUUAUUAUGAAAUUCCUUCCAUUGGAGCAAUAAGAAUCAAUACUCAGGAAUAUUUGGAUGUUCUGGGAAGACCAAUGGUUUUAGCAGGAGACAAAGCUAAGCAAGUCCAGUGGACAAAUGUAUACCUGGAUGCACUGGAACUGGGACUUGUCAUUACUGGAACUCUUCCGGUCUUCAACAUAACCGGCCAAAAUGAAAAUAAGACAAACUUAAAGAACCAGCUGAUUCUUGGUGUGAUGGGAGUUGAUGUGUCGUUGGAAGACAUUAAAAGACUGACACCACGUUUUACACUGUGCCCCAAUGGCUAUUAUUUUGCAAUUGAUCCUAAUGGUUAUGUUUUAUUACAUCCAAAUCUUCAGCCAAAGGAGCCAGUAACUUUGGAUUUCCUUGAUGCAGAAUUAGAGAAUGAUAUUAAAGUGGAGAUUCGAAAUAAAAUGAUAGAUGGAGAAAGCGGAGAAAAAACAUUUAGAACCCUGGUUAAAUCUCAAGAUGAGAGAUACAUAGACAAAGGAAACAGGACGUACACAUGGACCCCUGUCAAUGGCACAGAUUACAGUUUGGCCUUGGUAUUACCAACCUACAGUUUUUACUAUAUAAAAGCCAAAAUAGAAGAGACAAUAACUCAGGCCAGAUAUUCAGAAACACUGAAGCCGGAUAAUUUUGAAGAAUCUGGCUAUACGUUCAUAGCACCAAGAGAUUACUGCAAUGGUCUUAAAAUAUCAGAUAAUAACACCGAAUUUCUUUUAAAUUUUAAUGAGCUUAUUGAUAGAAAAACUCCAAACAACCCAUCAUGCAAUACGGACUUGAUUAAUAGAGUCUUGCUGGAUGCCGGCUUUACAAAUGAACUUGUCCAAAAUUACUGGAGUAAGCAGAAAAACAUCAAGGGAGUGAAAGCACGCUUUGUUGUGACCGAUGGUGGGAUUACCAGAGUUUAUCCCAAAGAGGCUGGAGAAAAUUGGCAAGAAAACCCAGAAACAUACGAGGACAGCUUUUAUAAAAGAAGUCUUGAUAACGAGAACUAUGUUUUCACUGCUCCGUACUUUAACAAAAGCGGACCUGGUGCUUAUGAAUCAGGAAUUAUGGUAAGCAAAGCUGUAGAAAUAUACAUCCAAGGAAAACUUCUUAAACCUGCAGUUGUUGGAAUUAAAAUUGAUGUAAAUUCCUGGAUAGAGAAUUUCACCAAAACAUCAAUCAGGGAUCCGUGUGCUGGUCCAGUUUGUGACUGUAAAAGAAACAGUGAUGUAAUGGAUUGUGUGAUUCUAGAUGACGGUGGGUUUCUUCUGAUGGCAAAUCAUGACGAUUACACUAACCAGAUUGGAAGAUUUUUUGGAGAGAUUGAUCCAAGUUUGAUGAGACACCUGGUUAAUAUAUCAGUUUAUGCUUAUAAUAAAUCUUAUGAUUAUCAGUCAGUGUGUGAGCCUGGAGCUGCACCAAAACAAGGAGCAGGGCAUCGCUCAGCAUACGUGCCAUCAAUAGCAGACAUAUUACACAUUGGCUGGUGGGCCACUGCUGCUGCCUGGUCUAUUCUACAGCAGUUUCUCUUGAGUUUGACCUUUCCACGACUUCUUGAGGCAGUUGAGAUGGAAGAUGACGACUUCACAGCCUCUCUGUCAAAGCAGAGCUGCAUUACCGAACAAACCCAAUAUUUCUUCGAUAAUGACAGUAAAUCAUUCAGCGGUGUAUUAGACUGUGGAAACUGUUCCAGAAUCUUCCAUGUAGAAAAACUUAUGAACACCAACUUAAUAUUCAUAAUGGUUGAGAGCAAAGGGACUUGUCCCUGUGACACACGAUUGCUCAUACAAGCAGAGCAGACUUCUGAUGGUCCAGAUCCUUGUGAUAUGGUGAAGCAACCCAGAUACCGAAAAGGACCUGAUGUCUGCUUUGAUAACAAUGCCUUGGAGGAUUAUACCGACUGCGGGGGUGUUUCUGGGUUAAGUCCCUCCCUAUGGUCCAUCAUCGGAAUCCAAUGUGUACUACUUUGGCUUUUAUCUGGCAGCAGACACUACCAGUUAUGACCUUCUAAAAUCAAAUCUGCAUAUUAAACUCCAGACCCUGCCAAAACAUGAGCCCUCCAUUGCAUUAAAAGAGGGUCAACUGUGGAAUCAGCAGACCACUAGCUCAGCCCAUCCCACGGCAUCACUCUAAGACACAGACUCUUAAGGCACCCGCUGGCUGCAUGUCAGGGUGUCAGAUCCUCAAGUGUGAACCCUGCAUCAUCUAUAUAUAACAUCAAAGCAAAAUACUAUACAUGCUCUCUAUUGGAAAAUUUGAGAAUUUGUUGUUGCAUUGUUGGUGAUUACAUGUAAAAGGGCUCCCCACACAGUUGUUUAUGAAUCGUACAAAUUAUCUUGAUUUUGACCUGGAAUUCUGACUUGCUGCAAUCCUUGUUCUUUUACCAAGAAAAUCUCUAGGGGAAAAGAAAGAGUUAUUUUUUCCUUAUUCUUCUGUUCAAAAUUAUUUCCUGCGUUGAGUAAUUAUUAUUGAACAUAUACAUAGAGAGAGGGAGAGAGAUAAUUAACAUUGGUGUAAUCUGUCAAAAUAGAAAUUAUGGCUUAUUUUCUACGAAAAAAAAUUGCCAUGAAUAAAAUGCUUUAUGAAGAAUGGCUUCUCUGCCAGAAAUAUAACACAAAUGAUGACCAAGUUUUGGUGGGGUAAUGAAUUGGUUGUCUGAAAAUAAUAACUAAGAAAUUAAAGGUGCUUGAGGGUAGAAUUAAUAUGCGACAUAUUUCCUCAUAAAUGUGAGCCCUUAAUAAACGCUUUGAUGUAAUGUUCUUUUUGUUCACAGUAAAGUUCUGUAGUGCUAGCCAGAUAUUUCAAAAUGCUCUAAGGAAAGCUUGUUGGGGGGAGGGGAAAUGUUUUUUCUUGUGAUAAAUGAACUUUGGUUACCAAGGGUAUUUUGCAUGAUGUUGCUGCUAUUUUAACUUUCGGUUUGUUUUUCUCUUACUGUAGAGUAUAGUCCAUUGAAGAGUUAACUGAGUGACAUUAUUGUUAUGUAAGAAUCUGAACCUUGCAAUGUAAUGCACUUAAGUCAUCUUUUAAAAUGUCGUUAAACUACUCUGAAUAUACUGUGCAGUGUAAAUGCUGAAUGAUUGGAUUAGGUAAAUGGCGAAAUGGGAAUUAAUGGAUUUUAUACAGAUUCGUGCUUUUGCCUGAAAACCUAUGUACAGAUAUUUUAAGUACAUAAAUCAGAUUUGACACAUUUAUUUUUUGAAGAGUACAUAUAUGUUCUCAAUGAAGAUUCAUCCUAGGUUUCCUCUUUAUUCGCUGGAAUAGCAGCACGUACAAUCCCAAACUUGCUGCUGCUGCUGCUUUUGUUCCCUCUGUUUUAAAUGGUAUGAUCACUUGACCAAAAUUUCCAUGCAGUUUGAUGAGGGUUUUACAAUAAUCUGAACAAAUAGGAAACCUUGAAUCUAUAUGUAUGCACACGAAUACUUGAUUGUGAAUAAUCAAAAUUGUUUUUAUACAGCCUCAUUAGUGAAAAUGGUUAGUGUAGUAAAGCAGAUAUUUCGUUAUAGAGUAAUAUGGUAGCAGAAUUUAUAUAUGCUUUUAAAGAUUAUUUUCAGGGGUAAACAGUAUUUGAAGAAAGGGUAAAAACAAUGAAUGUGUAACUAAUUAUAGGGAAUAAUUCUGCUGAAGGCUGGAAGUAUGCAGAUAUUUUUAAUGGUAAAAUGCAUUUGUUCUUUUUUCAAACAUGCCAAAUAUUGGUGUGUGUCUAUGCUGGAAAUUUUCUUAUAUACCAUUUUUAAGUAAAAAUCUUAUUAACAUUAUCCGGCAUGCUUUAAUAUGCUUCAUAUAUCAAAGAUAUAACCAAUUCUUUAGCAUAGUUUAAAAGGUCUAUUUGUUUUGUUUUUAGCUUUGCAUACAUUUGUAAUUUCCUCCACCACCAAUAUACCCUAGGUACCAUUUGUGUACAUUUCCUUAUUUAAAAUAUUUUUUUAUUUAAAAAUGGGGGGAGGGGAAAAUGGAAUCACUUUGCCAACUAUUGUUCUAAGAGUUGACAUCAGUUACCAUUUCUAAUGCACUGUUGUGAUUUUGUAGUCUCAUUUGUAACUGAUAUUGACAUUUUAGAAAACACCAAAGUGAUUUAAAAAAUAUGGAAUUUCUCAGUCUAAUAACAAUAUGUUUAAAUCAUGUUGUUUGUUAAUUAAAUAUUUAAAACUUAUUGUUAACUUUUGCUAGACUAUUUUAAAUCAUGAGUGUGUUGGGAAGGGGAUAUCGAAAUAUACAGUUAUGUUAGUUUGUGUAUAUAAAUGACGCAUAUUUAAACAACUGAAUUGCUUCCAGCAUACAACAAACUACCUUAAAAUUAUCUUUAAAUUCUAUUAAAUAUAUUUUCAUGGCUAAUGUCACUGAAAUGAUGUUUUCAUCAACUACAUUGUUGUUGUGUUAAUCACAGUUAAACUUGGCAUCUCUUGGCAGGGUCCUAUUUGAUUUCACUUGCCAUCAAAAUAUAUUUACAUGCACAAGUCUUGCCGUGAUCCUUUGUUUUCUAUUAUAAAAUAAACAUAUAUUAUAACAACCACACAUACGUUAAUAGAUUGGGUAAGAACAUGCUCUCACAUACGUUAAUAAAUUGGGUUAGAACUUUGUUCUUGUGCCUAAUACUAUUCUUCAUGCAUUUGGCGUAAUUUUUUGAAAGACAGUAACACUCGUCCCAUCCAAUUGUUAUCUUUAAUUUAGGAUUUUUCUUUGAGUUCUAUUGUUGACAAGAACUUAAAUUUCAGCCUGUUAUAAAUACCUAUAUUCAAAGACUAAACAGUACAAGAGAUCAAGAAAAAAGCUUUUAAACCCCUUUUGCUUACUUAAUUUUUGCUAUGCUCAUGCAGCUUAAUGUAGUUUGUCACUAACAGAAUCCAAAGUCUUGCAUUGCUGUUGAAUAACAGGAAUGAACUUUGCGUUAAUGGUUUGUUUAUAUUUCUUCAUUUGAACAACCAGCAUUACUGCCAAACACCAAUCGUGGUCCAUAUUUGUAACAGGUUUUUAACAUGACAUAGUUAGCAAGUUUGAUUGAAGAGACUUUUAGGUACUGGGCCUAUAAGAUUUUAGUAUGAUCUUUUUUCAUGUUUCUAAUGCUUGAGGCGUCAUUGCUUAACUUGGAAAAAACAAGACAGUGUUGCUGCCAUUUGUAAGUUUUCCUAUAAUAUUCCUUUUAUUAACUUUAAAACUGGCCUUACAGGGUUCAAAUAGGCAGUAUCCCUUUUAAGUGACCUUUGCAACCCAAGUGUUACUUGCUUAUUUGAUGCUCUCUUGUAUUUUACAUCUCAUUUAAAUCUUUCUCUCCACCAAAGCUUAAAUUCUAUGUCUUAAUUUAAAACUCUGAACUAUUCCAUUAAUCAUGUUAGUUGACAUUAAAGUGUCUAGAGGUAUAGAGUCUGACCUAGUGUAACAAAAUGGAUGUUGUGACUUUUUCUUUAAGCAUAGCAUGGAAUGAUGGUUUCACUUGCCCACAGUUUCAAAUAUUUUACAAUUAUCUGGAAUGUGUGUCGCUUUCCCAUAGCAGAAUGUUAACAUUGCUAUUAUUCCAUGUACAUUUCUGUAAAGAGCAAAUCAGUAAAGCAAAAGUGUGAAGUUUCUUGAUUUCUUGAAAAAAUUCCAGAAUUUCAAAGUCUUAGGCAACCCUUACCAAGUUUCAUCUAAUUUAUUUCUAGUUCACAAGGUUAACUCAAAGAAAUUCCACUGAGACUAAUGGGAUACUGUCUUGAAUAGAUGCCAAUUGAGUUUACAGUGUGACCUGACAAAGCUGUCUUUUUUGUUGUGCUGUAUGUUGUUGGAUCCUAUUAGGGAUACUUUUAUUGAAGUGCUCAGUGUGCAUCCAUGCAAAAGGCCAAGUGGCUUUGUGAACAAAAGAUCUUUUCUCCCUUUUAUUAUGUUCUCUUGACACUUUUGUGGAAAUUAGCCCGAUAAAAACAUUUUGUAAAAAUUUGUAUAUUACUGUUAUAAAAAUAUUUAUAAUCCCAGAAAAUGUUGUGUUAAAUCCUGUGCAAAAACAGUAUAUUCAGAAUAAAAGUUUAUCAUUUAAA